UGGGUAAGAAAAUUACAAGCCACACGAUUGAUUCUUUGACCAUGUCAUUACGUACGUAAGCCGGCAUAUCUUCCUUGUCCAUUCUUCGGGAAGGAGCAAGAAGAUUUGAAAAGAAAACUGAAGACUUCGAGGUCAACUAAACCUGCUAUUAUCUUGGACUUUGUUUCUCUCCACUCCACUUUUAUACCGACGGAGGGAGAGAAAAAACGGGUAAGAUUAACACAAAUACAUAAUAUCUUAACUCAAAAUUUCUAAAUGUGUCAGGUUUUGACUAUUCGCACUAGGGUAGAAAAUAUCGGUACUCUAGUGCAAGUAUCAUACUGGGCCAGAAGGAUCAGUACGAAGAGAUGGGGAGAAUCGGGUGCAACGUUGAUGGAAUUCUCGAUGAUACAAAGUUUAGCCAACCAAUUCCAUGGGUAGGCAUAUACAUAGCUGCAGCAUCGCUAGCCUGUCUCAUCGGAAUGGCCACAGAUACUAUACUUGGUAUUUGUCAUCGCAAGUUCUGGUUCCCUUGCAAAUAUUUCUCUCUUAAUGCAACUUCCUUGACCUUGAUCGGCGUAGCUGUCAAAUUAUCGGUGGAUUUAAACACCUCCAUGCCUCGCCACCACGAUCAGCUUGCCAAACUCAGUAGCAGUGCCUUGAUCUGCACCAUCAUGGCUAACUCUAUGCCUUCCCUUGGAGCCAUGGAGACCAAAGAAAUGUUCAUAAACCUUAUGGCCUUGGCUAUACUUGUUCUCACAGUAAUUGUUAAUAUCUGCAUGCAAUUAGGCACUGGUGUUAUCUAUGUUUUCUGGAGAGAACACAUCUUACUCAUGUUCCUCAUGCUCAUAUUACUCCUGCUCAUGAUUUCCUCUGCUUCGACUGUUCCAACCACCAAGCAAUAUUUGGAAUUCAAAUACAGUAAGAAGCAUGAGAUGGCACUCAAGGAAUGCAUAGACCAAACAGAAGGGCCAAUCACGCAAAUAAUUAAAGAUAAACUUAUGAAAUACUGGAUGAUGGCUCAUACGAGUAGUCCCCAGUUUGUGUUGGGGAGAUCACCAACAUGUAUUGCUUCUGGUGCUUUCUGUCUUCUAAGCGCUUUAAUACUAGCAGAGGCUAUGCUCCGAUCCUACCUUACGCCUUGGAGUUUCAGAUUUUGUAAAGGUGAGUCUGACUAUAAAUGGUCAACCAUCUUAAUCCUUGUGAUUCAGAACGCCGCUGUAGGAUUGGGUACUAUUGCUCCAGCACUGAGAUGGUUCAUUGCUGUAAGAUUCUGCUGCCCUAAUGUAAGGAACAAAAGCAGCCACGAGAAGAAGGAAUUCAGAGUGGAACGGUACUGGAUAGAGAGCUUUCUGGAAAUGAAAGAGUGCCCUUCGAAUCUACGAAUCCGUGAUCGGCACCGCAGGAAAUUAGCCCAUGAUGCUAAAGUUUUGUCUUUGAACUUGUGCAUCCGUAUGCAGAUGGGAAUCGUGCUGAUCAGCAAAGUGACCCGAAUCAUUUCAAUUUUCUUUGUGAGCUCCAUCUUGGCGUGUUGCCAUCACUGCAAGAUAUGGAAAUCCAGGUUUAACGACACUGUAUCAAGCAUUAGCUCGGGAACUGAGUCACAACCAGGGUCAAGGCCAGAUCUUAGACGUUUUGUUCUGCAUCUUGAAGGGGAGGAAGAACUAGUGGAGGUGAUGUUGAAAGAAAAUCAUGAUGCCACCAAUCACUGGAUUAAGGUAGGAGAAAAGAGAAAACCUAAACACCUCAUUCAGUUAUUAGAGAAGUCAUCUGUUUCACAAGGCUUUAAAGGAGUGGGAGCUUUUGACAGUGAUGAAGUCCCUUCUUUACAUCCUGAAGAGCCUCCAAACAGUUGGUCCCUACCUUUGGUGACACUUACUGCUAUUGCAGUUGCACUUCCAAACAUCACCAGGGAUUCAGUCAAACAGUUGCUCGAUACUGUUCACGAAGGACUUCACUAUGUAGAGCUCGUGGAGAAUACUCUGGACAAAGAAGGACAUUUGAUAAGAAUAAGGAAUGCAGCACAAAUUGUGUGGCUUGGGAUUGACCUCUAUCGUAAGUGGUUUGGUUUGGAUCUCAAUAAACUAGCAGAGAAAAGCCCUGAAGAGACGCUCCAAAGAUUAGCUGAUGCUGCUAAAGCCAGGUACGAGAAAUUCAAGAUGAAAAACAUAAACGUAUGCUUGAGGGCAAGACCCUCAACAUGGCCCCUCAAAGUAUUGGCAGCAAACUCCAUGUACAGAAUAAGCAACACUGUUCUUUUAAAUUGUAAAAGCAAAAAUGAACUUACAAGCGAGACACUAUUUGAAGAACUGACUUUGGUGAUUGUUGAUAUAUUGGGUUCAUGUCUCGUUAACUUGCCUCACGUUCUAUCGGCCAAGUGUGUGAAAAGCGCGAUUGAAGAGAGGGAGGAUAGUGUGAGACAUGCCGGUUACAUUUUCGGCAAGACCAAGAAGAUUAUGGAAAUGCUAGACAACAGAGCAUUUCCUAAUCUGAAUCAGGGUUGUGCGAUCACGAUUGAUGAUUGGCGAUUAAUGCAUAAGCAGAACAGUGCCUUCUCCUUCUCUCCAUCUUCACCGGAGAAUAACACUGAGACAACUUCUCAAUCAAGUGACUUGUCGUUACACCAGAUCAUCGUGGGCCCGAGCUAGUCACCAAGGACGAGCUGGUAGUGGCAUGAUCAAAGAGUGAAAGAAAAUGGAAGGCACGUUGCGCAGUAACAUAAUUCCUGUUUGAGUGUUAAUUGUCUGGAAUAGGUACGUAGCAUUACAUUACUGCUUUCACGUAACCUUUAUGGCAGAGAAUGCUAUUUGAUCCUCCAUAAACAUGAGAGCUCACACAUAACAAUUGCAGAGGUAUGUUAUCUGAAUAUUACGCAUAAGAUUACGUUUUCAGAAAAUUCAGAAGUUCAAAUG